GAUACUUAUGACAUGAGAAGCUUUUUAUAAUACUUACUAGAUGAGUACCUACUACUUUUAUGAAGAUACGGCAAUACGAGUCAGGCCUUCUCACGACUUCCAAAUUUAAGUUAACUUUAACGCUAUCGAGAACGUUAAAAAACUCGCACUAAGCACACAGAGAUGACGAAAAAUUCCGAUCAUCAUAGCGUUACGGAUUCGGAAGCGGGGUCAUUGCAGCAGAGUCGUACAAGCAAGCUCGGAGCAGUGUUGUGUCCAACUGUGUGUGCAUUACUUCUCGUAUGCAUUUUCGCCAUGUCGUUUAUAGGCACGAAGCUGGCCUAUGCUCAAUAUGACGCCUAUUGUAGUAGACGUUACGAUAUUACAAAACUCUAUUCAUACAGUAACAUAACCAUUAGUAAAUCUUAAUUUCAUUUUUCACAUAUUAGUGUUGCCACAUACCUCGUUUUGAUUUUGUAAGGAAUAUAUGUCAGUGCCACCUACUGAUAUAAAUUGUAACUUGUUCUGUAUCUGGGCUUUGAAAAACGUAAAAUUUACUUUAUUAGCUUUAACGCAACAUGAACUCAGAAAAAGAUAAAAUUUGUAACUAGGAUAAAUAAUAAAAGAAAAAUUGUUAAUCAAAAUUACUUGUCUAAUGACAACACAAAUAACGUUCAUUUAAAUAAAUGAACCCCAAUCUAUAGAUUUAACUUAAAGUAACGCCAUCUAACAAAAUUAGAAUGAAGCAUUUCUAGCGAUAAAACCUAAUUGCUUGUUGAAAUAUGGAGUUUUGUCAGAAGAUGGAACUAAAGUUGAAUUAUAAUAUCAUUUUUCGUUUUUUCACCCAUUUUUAAAUACAAAAUCUGCAUAGUUUGGAAAAUAAAUAUGAAUAAGAAUUCUUACGUAUAGAAAAUAUCAACUGGAAGUUUUUUUUUCUAUGCACGAAUUUUCAAAUCAGUGUUGCCAAUAUAUUAAGUGUAUAAAUCUAUGGUGUUGCCUGCCUCUAGAUUAAUUUAGGAAUAGGUUGUCAGAAAACAAAAUGGGCGGCCGCUGAUCGCGCGACAAAUUGUACAUUUUUCCUACUAUUUUUGUGUGUUUUAUAAUUCAUAUUCUUACUUGAGCUUUACUUUUGUAGUGCUAGUGGUGUCUCCUUCAACUUUUCUGUCAUAUAAUAUAGUUCGGUGUGCGGGAUGCGCGCGCCGGGCGAGUGCUGGUCGGUGCCGCGCUGGUCGCAGACGGUGGCCCCUCCCCCCGCCGACUACUCCAACUGCACCCCGCUGCACGCCCAGCCCGUGUUCCUGCACGACGACGCGAUCAACGACCGCCUCGCGAUAUGGCAAGGCGACAUAACAAGCUUGAGAGUGGACGCAAUUACCAACACCACGGACGAGACGCUGACGGAGAGCAAUGAAGUCAGCGACCGCAUCAUGCAAGUGGCUGGUCCGGAUCUGAAAGAAGAGAUCAUACUCCGGGCACAUGAGUGCCGCACCGGCGAGGUGGUGGUGACGCCGGGGUUCGGUCUGCAGUGCCGGCACGUCAUCCACACGGUCUGCCCGAAGUACGUGUUGAAGUACCACACCGCGGCCGAGAGCUCGCUGCACAACUGCUACAAGAACGUGCUGCACGCGGCGGGCUCGCUGGGCGCGCGCUCGCUGGCGCUGUGCGUGCUCAACACGCAGCGCCGCAACUUCCCGCCGGACGUCGCCGCGCACGUCGCGCUACGCACGAUCCGGCGCUACCUGGAGGGCAACGCACAGCCGCAGCUGGUGGUGGUGGCGGCGGGCGCGGUGGACGCGUCGCUGCUGGGCGCGGUGGCGCCGCUGUACUUCCCGCGGUCGGCGCGCGAGCAGGACGCGGCGCGCUGGCGGCUGCGGGAGGCGGGCGGCCGCGCCGGCGAGCCGCUGCACCACGACCGCCGGAUACGCAUCAUCCACAACCCGCACGAGCACCCGCACCGCGACGCCGAGGACGACGCGUCGCUGUACGAUGAGGACGCGGCGGCCGAAGCAGCGGCAGCUUUCGCCCGGGCCUGCGCGCCGGACACCCAGCGUCUGCUGGCGCCACCCACCAGGCAGUACGUCGACCGGCGGCUGCUCGACGACCAUGACCAAUAUGAAAGACUGCUGCGGCGUGCCAAGUCCGAAGACCUGAGCGAGGUAUCUGGGAUCGGAUGUCUAUAUCAGAGCGGCGUGGAUCGACUGGGUCGGCCCGUGGUCGUCUUCAUCGGGAAAUGGUUCCCCAUUGGGGACAUAGACUUGGAAAAGGCACUCCUAUACCUGAUCAAACUCCUGGAUCCGAUCGUGCGCGGUGACUACGUGAUCGCGUACUUCCACACGUUGGCCUCGUCGGCGAACCAUCCGCCCUUUUCGUGGCUCAAGGAGGUGUACACGGUGCUGCCUUACAAAUACAAGAAGAAUCUGAAAGCUUUCUACAUUGUUCAUCCUACGUUCUGGACUAAGAUGAUGACGUGGUGGUUCACGACGUUCAUGGCGCCGGCGAUAAAGGCCAAGGUCCACAGUCUGCCCGGCGUCGAGUACCUGUACUCCGUCAUGCCGCGCGACCAGCUCGAGGUGCCGGCCUUCGUCACGGAGUACGACAUGACGGUUAGUGCCACACGUCAACCUCACAGAACAAAUGUCCGUGAUCUCAACUUAAAAUAAACAACAAAGACAUGCGACCAUCGCUUUUUUUAUUGCAUGGGUGAGUUAAAGCGGUCACGGAUCAUCAGGUGUGGCUACCGGAACCUAUAGACAUCACGCCGUGAGCCGUGAUGUCAAACUCUCCAUCGUACUGUGUUGCUGCCCAAUCUCCAAUGAAACCCUUAGUCCUGACGAGGUGAGACGGACCGGCGCUGUUCUAGGACACCACACAGGCCGUACACAUCAGGACUCUAUUAAUUAGAAGCAUAAAAUUAUUAUACGAGAAUGAUAUAUCGUCUUCUCGCAUUGAGACUGUAUAAUCUCAAAACUUACUAAUUUUAUAAGAUAAUGUUUUAAAGGUGUAACAUGUGAUAUUUUUAAUAUUAAUCAUCUUUGCAACAUUUACAUUUUAUUUUUUACCAGUUACAUUAUCUGUAUUUUAAAGUAAGAUAAAAUUAUUUAUUAAUUUUGUUAAUAAUAGUCAAAACUAAGGUAAACUAAAAAAAAAACUAAACAACGGUUUUUUAACAGUAUUUAUGAGAAAAAUACUGGUGAUACCAAAUGAUUCCGCAUAUUGACUCAAAUUUGAAUAUUUUUGGAAAUUGUACACUUUUAAUGCGAAAAGACGAUAUGUAUGUUUAUUUGAGAAGUUUGUGGGAAUCGACUAACUGAUGAAGAACCGAUUAUCGCUUUAUCCUACGGAUCCCACGGAAGCAGACCGUCUACAAAACGAAAUAAAUAAAUAUAUAUUCCUUCGCAGAUAAACGGUCUCCACUAUUUCCAGCCGGACACGACUAGUACGUAAGGUGUCCGCUCUCGUCCCGCCCUCGUCCCGCUCGCUUCACACGCGCCUUUCGUUGUUAUAGCUCAUAGUAAUGGCCUUACGGUGCUGUCAACUAAGAAAACAUUUAUUUCAAUAACAUAUGAAUAUCAGCUACGUAACAAUAUCACUCGAUAUACGCCAUAUUCCGCGUACCUAGUAUUUUGUACUUAGUAAAUUUUCGAACGUUGACAACACCGAGACCGCGUCGUAUCGAUCUGUCAGUGUCAAAGUCUGGUCUGUAAUGGAACAGGCUGGUCGGUAUGUGUCUCGUAUAGAAAGGCCGCUGUUAUAAGUUUUAUUGUGGAAAGUUUAACGUUAAUUAAAUGUAAGUAAACAGGGAAUUGUUAAACUUCUCUAACGUACGUAGCUUGAAUCACGAGUUACGGUGAGUGACAAAUUAAAAUGGGCCGUGCUACUAUCCUCGCAACGAUAGAGCGAUAUUUGUUUAAUAAAAAAAAUAUGGAAAGAAUGAAAUAAAUCAUACUCAAUUAUCACUUUCCACUUCGGCCGGUGAUGUUACUUAAAAUUAUUAGGAACGUAGCAACAUAUAUCAGAUAAUAUUAUUGAGUACAAACUUGUUAGUGUCGCCGGGUGCAACUAAGUUAAGAUUUCCACAGUAAACGUUUUAAGAUUGUUGAGUAUUUAUCGUAUAACUUACUUAGUAUUAGUGGUGCAUUUUUACUUAACUUAGUUUUAAGACGUAUAGCGGAAAUUCUAAUUAUUAGAGGCAAAAUAUGUUUAAAUGUUGCAACACUGAAGUCCAAUACCUAAGCGACACACAGAAUAAAUUGUGUAAUUUGUUCAAUAUUGUUUUUGUUUCAAAACAAAUUUUCUAUAUGCAUUCUUAAGCAAAUUAAGGAGAGAUAAUAAAUGAAUAUCAAAAAAUGCUUUCUCAUAGCUGGCAACUUGUCCGGAGUUUGAAAUAUUAUUUGGAACCACUAACUCCUAUCAUAACAGGGUAACCAAAAUGAGCGCAGCAACAAAAUUAUGUAAAGAAAUUUAUCAAAUAUCAGAACCAAGUACAUUGGGAAAUAUCAGAUUAUGUAAUUCAACUAUUUUCAGUAACAAAAUGAAAAAUAUAAUAUAAAGGUGCUUUAUAAUCAUUAGUGUGUACAUGAUGUUUAGUUGGGAAUGGCUUAAAUAUUAAGAAAUGCUAUUUGAUAUAAGUGUUCAAAAGAAAUCCACACAGAUAUUACAAAUAAACUGUUUAAAAGGAAAAGCGAACAAAGGCUUUAAAACUUAACCGACGGAGCCUGACUUGAUUUAACAAAUUAUUACAACAAGCGUAUGUUGUGACAGAGUCCUCUGCGAACAUUUGUCCCUUCAGUACGACUGAAUGUAUCUUAUAUCCAAACGAGGUUAGUGAUGUUUGUAUUGUGAAUAAUAUAACUGACAAAAUGUUGUUGAAUACUUAAUUGAAUAUGGUUGUCGUAAAAUGCCUUUAGGUUUUUUUAAAAGCACAACGUGGGUCGCCUUAUUCACGUUGGUUCGUGAGUUGCAAGUAGUGUUGCCAAGUACGAAACACUGCCAUGUCUUAGUGCAGCAUUGACGCGCUUAACAGUCGCGCGGGUUUUAUCGAUACAUAAUUGUUCGUUAUUGAGAUAAAUAUUAUUUUUUAAUGUUUUAUGACAAACAAUAAAAAUUCAUGUAAAAAAUUUGCUAUGAAAAGACAUAGACAUAAUUCGAUUGUUAUGUCAUAAAAAUGAUGCCCUUGUCUAGAAUUGUUAAUCUCUAAAUCAUAUGCAUUACGAAAAAAAAAAGGUAUUAUUGGUGUGUGUGUGUGUGUGUGUGUGUGUGUGUGUGUGUGUGUGUGUGUGUGAAUAAUUGUUGCCAAUAUAAAAAAAAAAAUUACAUAUUUCCAUAGAUAAAAUAUUACACUAUGUAUUAAAUUUGUAAUCAUGAUAGCAAAGAUCAUGAUUUGAAAUAAUCACAAUUCUUCUGUUGUUUUAAAUAUUUCCCUGAUGUUUAACUUUAAAGGGUCCGUUGUGGGAUUUUAAUUAUUUUGAUGUUGUAGCUUAAAUAUGCUUCCUAGUUAGUGUUCGGACCCAAAACAGCCAAAAUGUUUAAUUAACUAAUGUCACUUGUAUUAUGUACUCGUUCACUUGUGAUAUUCACAUGGCCUUAGAUGGGUUAAAUAUUUUCGAUAAAAUAUAUUUAUGUUGCAAGUUUUAUCGCUGUUGAAGUUUUAUGUGACAAGUUGUUGCAGAUGCAGUUCAUUGUAUGAACUUUGAAUAGUUCACUCGGUUUGUAUUUAUUGUAGAUUCGAAUAAUUAUAAAAUCAGAGUGAAUUAUUGAAAGUUUAAAUUGAAAAAAAAUAUAUGUCAAAAUGUGAUCAUUACAUUAAUGGUUAAGUUUCAAAUAUAGUAUUUUAUCAGUAUAAUUAAUGAUGUAAAUAUUUAAAAUAAUAAAAUUAUUAAUUUACUA